AUGACGAAUCAAAGAUAUGACGAAAUUUUAAAACCCGAAUUAUUUGCUUCACCUAAUUCAGAUUCUUUACCUUCACCUCCUGGAUAUAUAACGAAUUCAAAUUCAUCAGUAAGUAAAACAACAUCAAAUAAGAUAUCAAAAAAGGAUUCGAAUGAAAUGAAAACACUAAAAUCGAAGAAAAUUUGGGAAUUGGCAAGUGGUCCCGCAAAAUCAGUGCCAAUGAAUGCAUUCAUGAGUUAUAUGACCGGUAAUUCGUUACAAAUGAUACCAGUUACAAUGACAUUAAUGUUACUUUGGAAUCCAAUUAAAAGUAUCUUUAACGACACUAAUCCAUUAUUUUCAAAAUUAAAGAGUAAUGAUAACUUCAAAGAGAUUCUAAUUGCAAAAUGUGUAUUUAUUUUAUUGCAACUUUUAAAUAUGAGUAUCGGAGUUUAUAAAUUAUACAAAAUGGGAUUAAUACCUCAUACAGAAGCAGAUUGGUUAGCUUGGAUGGAUUAUAAACCAAGUCCACAAAUUUUAUAUAAUUAA